UGUCAACAACAAUGGCUGCCGUCAUGAGUAUACAUGUGUCUAUCAAUUUACGUUUUAAGACAGUUUUGUUCAUCUAUUUCAUGUGUUCCAAGGUAACAACUGGUAGGGUUUAUUUUUUUUAACAUUUCCUUUUUGGUACCUUUUUGCUUCAUAAACAAGCUUUUCUUGCUUCAUAAUCAUAAACAAGCUUGUUUGCUUCUUGCCACGCUUGAAACUCGUUGAGACACAGAAAGGAAUUUAAUUAUAAAAGUCAGUGUCUUUCGUCAAGUAACAAUAAGAUCAUAGCUAGGUAGUUAACGAUAGUUAUAUCUGUUGCAAAGAUGAAAGGCAAGGGGAAAGCAAAGAGGAAAGGAAAGAAAGACACUGGUAAAUUGCAAAAGUAUAUGGUGACAGUUAACGACUUUGUAAAAAGUAAGGUAGGCUGUGAUGAAACAGAAGAUGGCAGUGGCUUGAGAUUUGUUAAGAAGAAAAGUAGGAAAGAAAUGCGUAAGGAGAAAAGAAAGAUGAAAAAGGCUAAAAUUAAGAAUCACUAUGAAGGCUACAAGGCUCUCAAAGCAUCCACUUGUGACAGUGAGGAAGUUGCAACCCCAUCUGAUAAACAACCAACAAAGAAGGUUAAUGGUAAAGUAAAGAAAGACGAGCCAGCAUCUCAACAACCCAAGUCAACUCCUGUUGAGACUGCAGCAGGAGAGAAGGCUGAGAAAAAAGGACCUAAGAAACCUUCUAAGAAAGAAAAGAAAAGAAACAAACUUGAGGAAUCAAGAAAAAAAGCCCUUUUGGAAGCUAAUGUUGCAGAGGACAGAGAAAUUAAGAGGUUGGAGCGAUCUCUUGGGUAUAACAAGAGGAAAAACAAAAAGAAACUUCCGCAGUCAUUCGCUGAUGAUGGACUUGAUUACAUUUUGGGGGUACUGGAUGCUGGAUCGGCAGCUUCAAGGAUAGUGCAUGACAGUGAUGAUGACAUGGACAUUGCCAAAGAGAAAUUAAGGAAAUUGGUAGACAGUGAAUCAGAAAUGUCCGGCGAAGAGGAGGAAGAACAAGGAGAUGACUCUGAAGAGGAGGGCAGUGAACUAGACAGAGAUGGAGACCUGGAUGCCACCGAGGAAGAAGAAGAUGGAAUGGAUGAGGACGACGAAAAUGAGAUGGAUGAGAGUGGUGGAAUAGCUUCGGAAGAAGAAAAUGGAAAGGAUGAGGGAGUUGAGAGUGGAGACUCAACGCUUGCAGGGCCAAAAGCUGACACUGUAAGUUGCCCAAUUAGAAUCUAAUUUGUGAAUUUCAGCUACAUUUAUAUUUUGUAUGUCUAAGGACCAAUUUCCCAGACAUUGAUUAAGCCUAGUCCUGGACUAAAAAGCAAGCUCAGUGGUGAAUCUCCACUGAAAAUACUUUUUAGUCCAGCAUUAGGUUUAAUCUGUGUCCUGGGAAACCGGUCCUAAAUGUAUAGACUGAGAAUUAAACACUAUUCUGUAUGUAUAGGCUGUCCCGUCAGCAGGGAAAUACGUGCCCCCUCAUCUACGGGACACCGGGGAUGAUAAGCGCAGAGCUGAGCUGGAGAGACUGAAGAGACAAGUCAAAGGACUUGUGAACAGGUAAUGGUUUUGAUCUUGACUACUACAUGCUCUUUCAUCCUAAUCAAUGUACCUUGGCCCUGUUUUAUCUGCCGUCACACUGGAUUUGUCACAAUUCAUAUUUCGGUGCUAGGGAUGCUCAAGGUCCGUAUGUUCAAGUGUCUCAGAGUAGGAGUGCUGAUCUAGGAUUUGGGCCUAUAUCCACAAUGCAUCUCAGAGUAGGAGUGCUUAUCUAAGAUCAAUUUUACCCUUUAGAUCAUAAUGAAUACGAUUAUAUGGACAGAUCCUAGAUCAGCACUCUUACUCUGAGAUGCUUUGUGGAUACGGGCCCAGGUCCCCCUUGUCCGUGUUAUCGUAUUAAUUGUGACCGAAAAGGCAAAACUCAUCCUAAAUCAGCACUCCUACUCUGAGAUGCCCGUGUGGCUCAGGUGGUAGAGCAUGGCGCUUGCAACAGGGUUGUGGGUUUGAUUCCCACGGGGGACCAGUACGGAAAUACAGUGGGGGAAAAAAGUAUUUAGUCAGCCACCAAUUGUGCAAGUUCUCCCACUUAAUAAGAUGAGAGAGGCCUGUAAUUUUCAUCAUGGGUACACGUCAACUAUGACAGACAAAAUGAGAAAAAUAAAUCCAGAAAAUCACAUUGUAGGAUUUUUAAUGAAUUUAUUUGCAAAUUAUGGUGGAAAAUAAGUAUUUGGUCAAUAACAAAAGUUUCUCAAUACUUUGUUAUAUACCCUUUGUUGGCAAUGACAGCAACGUUUUCUGUAAGUCUUCACAAGGUUUUCACACACUGUUGCUGGUAUUUUGGCCCAUUCCUCCAUGCAGAUCUCCUCUAGAGCAGUGAUGUUUUGGGGCUGUCGCUGGGCAACACAGACUUUCAACUCCCUCCAAAGAUUUUCUAUGGGGUUGAGAUCUGGAGACUGGCUAGGCCACUCCAGGACCUUGAAAUGCUUCUUACGAAGCCACUCCUUCGUUGCCCGGGCGGUGUGUUUGGGAUCAUUGUCAUGCUGAAAGACCCAGCCACGUUUCAUCUUCAAUGCCCUUGCUGAUGGAAGGAGGUUUUCACUCAAAAUCUCACGAUACAUGGCCCCAUUCAUUCUUUCCUUUACACGGAUCAGUCGUCCUGGUCCCUUUGCAGAAAAACAGCCCCAAAGCAUGAUGUUUCCACCCACAUGCUUCACAGUAGGUAUGGUGUUCUUUGGAUGCAACUCAGCAUUCUUUGUCCUCCAAACACGAUGAGUUGAGUUUUUACCAAAAAGUUCUAUUUUGGUUUCAUCUGACCAUAUGACAUUCUCCCAAUCCUCUUCUGGAUCAUCCAAAUGCACUCUAGCAAACUUCAGACGGGCCUGGACAUGUACUGGCUUAAGCAGGGGGACACGUCUGGCACUGCAGGAUUUGAGUCCCUGGCGGCGUAGUGUGUUACUGAUGGUAGGCUUUGUUACUUUGGUCCCAGCUCUCUGCAGGUCAUUCACUAGGUCCCCUCGUGUGGUUCUGGGAUUUUUGCUCACCGUUCUUGUGAUCAUUUUGACCCCACAGCGUGAGAUCUUGCGUGGAGCCCCAGAUCGAGGGAGAUUAUCAGUGGUCUUGUAUGUCUUCCAUUUCCUAAUAAUUGCUCCCACAGUUGAUUUCUUCAAACCAAGCUGGUUACCUAUUGCAGAUUCAGUCUUCCCAGCCUGGUGCAGGUCUACAAUUUUGUUUCUGGUGUCCUUUGACAGCUCUUUGGUCUUGGCCAUAGUGGAGUUUGGAGUGUGACUGUUUGAGGUUGUGGACAGGUGUCUUUUAUACUGAUAACAAGUUCAAACAGGUGCCAUUAAUACAGGUAACGAGUGGAGGACAGAGGAGCCUCUUAAAGAAGAAGUUACAGGUCUGUGAGAGCCAGAAAUCUUGCUUGUUUGUAGGUGACCAAAUACUUAUUUUCCACCAUAAUUUGCAAAUAAAUUCAUUAAAAAUCCUACAAUGUGAUUUUCUGGAGAAAAAAAUUCUCAAUUUGUCUGUCAUAGUUGACGUGUACCUAUGAUGAAAAUUACAGGCCUCUCUCAUCUUUUUAAGUGGGAGAACUUGCACAAUUGGUGGCUGACUAAAUACUUUUUUCCCCCCACUGUAUAUGCACUCACUACUGUAAGUCGCUAUGAAUAAGAGUGUCUGCUAAAUGACUCAAAUGUCAAAUGUAAAUAUACAGCCCCAAGUCUUGUGUUUUGGUGUCCAUCUUGGUUCAAACGAUGUUGUCCUGUGCUGCAUUCUCCUCCGUAGGCUCAGUGAGGCCAACAUGGCGUCCAUCAGUGGCCAGCUGGAGGAGCUGUACAUGAGCUCGAGCCGGAAGGACAUGAACGACACCCUGACAGAGAUCCUCCUGGCAGCCUGUGUCACCCCAGCCCUGAUGCCUGACAGACUGCUUAUGGAACACGUCCUGCUUGUCAGCAUCCUACAUCACACAGUGGGGCUUGAGGUAGGUUCAAACCGCAUCAACACAAUUACCUGUCAUUCAACACACAUAGCUGUGUCCCAAAUGGCACCCUAUUUCCUAUAUAGUGCAGGCCUCUGGUCAAAAAUAGCACUCUAUAGGGAAUAGGCUGCUAUUUUGGACAUAGACAUAGUUUAUAAGUGAGGGAGCUAGUCACAAUUAACUAAGAAUGACAGUUUAAUCCUAAUGGAUUUGUAGCUGGUAUAAAUGUCUAGACCUCUGUUAUCUCUUGGUGACCUUUAGUUCACCCCUGUAUGCUCUUCUGAUAAGAGCACGGAAAGAAGAAAAUUGUAUUUUGUAACAUCAGUCUGUGUGAGAAAAGGAGUAACCAUUAACCUGUGAAUGAUCAUUAGCUUGUGGUUUGUUUGAUUUACGUGCUCAGUGUGACUUGUCUCCAGUUCCUUUAUAACCUAAUUCCUCCCCUUUUGAUUAAUGGAAAAGUAGCAAUUCACACCUUGGCUUCCUAUUAGCAUUAUCUCUUUCAGUCAUGUUUACUCCCCACCCGUCAGUAAAUGGCCACACACAUACACACACAGACAUACACACACACAUUCACAUGCCCACCAGCAUUCUCGGUUCCAUUGACUUCUUUGCUCUAUUUUCUGGCCUUUGACAUGAUGUACCAUUUUGCAGGUGGGGGCUAAUUUCUUGGAGACGGUGGUGCGGCAGUUCAACGAGUUGUACAAGAGCCCCGGUGAAGGCAAGGAGUGUGACAACCUGGUGGCCAUGGUGGCACAUCUCUACAACUUCCAGGUGGUGCACGCCCUCCUCAUCUUUGACAUCCUGAAGAUGCUGGUGGGGGCCUUUGCCGAGAAGGACAUUGAGCUGGUCCUGUUUGUGCUGAAGAAUGUAGGCUUCGCCCUGCGGAAGGAUGAUGCCCUGGCGCUGAAAGAACUCAUCUCUGAGGCCCAGAGCAAGGCCAGUGGUGUGGGCACCAAGUUUCAGGAUGAAAAUAGGGUACGGUUUGUCACAGCUACCUCCAGCAACACCACUCUCAACAUCACCUGCUGUCUAUACGCACCUUAUUGUUGGUAAAAUACGUCAAACAGGGUCAUUUUACAUUUCGAUUUUGGUCAUUUGACAGAGACUCCUAUCCAGAGCAACUUGCAAGUCAAAUGUAUUAGCAGUCAAAGUAGAAGUCAUUAAUGAAUAACAAGCCAACUCUCUUCUGGAUAUCUUCUCUAUCUUUAGGUGCGCUUCAUGCUGGAGACCAUGUUGGCUCUGAAGAACAACGAUAUGAGGAAGAUCCCUGGCUACGACCCAGAGCCUGUUGAGAGACUCCGAAAGCUGCAGAGAACUCUGGUGGGUUACAGAUCUGAUUACGCCUUUACAGCUGUCUGUCAGAUCAUAUCCUCAAAACCAUUCUUUGCUCAGCCAUGAAAUAUUCUUCCAUUGUUGAUGUUUCCCCAGGUAGCUUUUAGCUAAAACCACCAGGGGGCACUAUAAUCUCACUUAGCAGUUUAUGUGAUAGGUUUGAGCACCCAGAUGAGGGGAGCAUGAAGAAGUAGGGUGAGGUUGCCACUAGAUGCUGAUCUUGGGUCAGUUUUGCAUUUCCCCCACUAACAUUUAAGGUUGGGAUUGGGUAAGGAGAUGCUGAUCCUAGAGCUCUACUUAGGGGAAACUUCACCCCAGAGCGUUAUGUGAAUGAGUUGUAACUGUUGUGUUCAGAUCCACCAGAGUUCGGGGGGCAGUGAUGUGAAGCUGAGGGUCUCUCUGGAGAACCUCCUGGCUGCAGAGCAGGUGGGCCGCUGGUGGAUCGUGGGCUCAUCGUGGACCGGAGCCCCCAUGAUAGGUGGCCAGGGCAACAAGACCUCAAAACAAACUACUGCAGAAGGAAAGGUACUAAAAACCCUAAAAGAUCUGGGGCCGUAUGCAUCAAGUGUCUCAGAGUAGGCUUGCUGGUUUAGGAUCAGUUUAGUCUUUUAGAUGAAAAUGAAUACGAUUAUAUCGACAGGGGGACCUGAUCCUAGAUCAGCACGCCUACUCUGAGAUGUUUGAUACAUAUGGCCCCUAGUGCUCCACUAAAUAAAUAAUUACUGCAUCUUUUUCAUAUUAACAUUUGAGUGGCAAUUCUGAACUGGACAGCAUUUUCAAAGUGUUUGACUGAUCUUAAGUGCAUUUCCCUUCAUCUGUCUCCUCAGUUCAGCUCUAAGGUCUUAGACCUGGCCCGGAAACAGAGAAUGAACACAGACAUCAGGAGAAAUAUAUUCUGCGUGAUCAUGACCAGCGAGGAUUACCUAGAUGCCUUUGAGAAGCUGAUACGGUGUGUUUUGUUUCCCUACCCUUUUGUAGCACUAAAAUGCUCUCAUACCAAGCUAGGCAUUGCCACAAGUUUCAGUAUGAGGCACUGCAUUAUUUUCUGUGUGCAGGCUGGGGCUGAAGGACCAGCAGGAGAGGGAGAUCGUCCACGUGCUGAUGGACUGUUGCCUCCAGGAGAAGAGCUUCAAUGCCUUCUAUUCUGUACUGGGAGAGAAGUUCUGUGAGCACGACAGGCGGUUCCAGGUAAGAGAACAGGGCCCAUAAUUAUAAAGCCUCUGAGUGCUGAUCUAGAAUCAGUUUAGCCUUUUAGAUCAUAAUGAGUAAGAUAACAUGGACAGUCUCCUCCUCUGAGCUUUAUGAAUGCCCAGGCAUUCUAAUGGUUCUUAAUAGCUCCAUAGCAUUGUGAUUGGGACAUUCCCUCUAUAGCCACCCAACUAUGACCCUCAGUUCACCUCAACAGUGUGAGAAACAAGGGGAGUGUCGCUACUCUCUCUCUCGCACCUUUCUGAUGUUUUGUUUCAUGCUGUGAAAGUAGACAAUGGCCAUAACCCCUCACUUCCCCUUAAGCUUCCCUUUAGGUCACCGCCCCAGCUCUGAUGGUGAUAACCAUUGUCCCAUUAAAGAGCUUUCAUCUGAACUGGUGCAAAUGUUUGGUUUUCACAAGCGGACUAGAUCAGGAUUAUGUGUUUGCUUGCUGUAUUGAAUGGGUUGGAAUCACAGGAGGUUGGUGGCACCUUAAUUGGGGAAAACGGGCACGUGGUAAUGACUGGAGCUGAAUUAGUGGAAUGGUAUCAAAUAUAUCAAACACAUGGUUUCCAGGUGUUUGAUGCCAUUCCAUACACUCUGUUACGGCCAUUAUUAUGACUAGUUCUCCCUUCAGAAACCUCCUGUGGUUGGAAUGGGUCAUGGAUUGUAAUACUGGGCCCGUAUUCACAAAGCGUCUCAGAGUAGGAAUGCUGAACUAGGAUCUGUUUUGUCUUUUGCAUCAUAAUGAAUAUGAUUACACAUGCACUGGUACUCUGAGACGGCCCCAGGCUUUUGAAUUGAUUAGAGGAAAUAGGAUAGACUUCUAGAGUUCUUCCAUAUCUUGCAAUCCCCCAGUAGUCCCACAGAUCCUCUGUUGUAUGUUUCCCCAGAUGACAUUUCAGUUCAGUUUGUGGGACAAAUUCAAGGACCUGUCCAGCCUAUCCACCAGCACCUUCAGCAACCUGGUCCAGCUGGUCACACGCUUCCUCCAGAGAAAGUGCCUCUCCCUCUCCAUACUCAAGGUCUGACACACCAUGUUAUACAGAUGAAAUCCGGUCAUAGUGAAGUGAUUUGAUGAAUGUUAAAGGGGAAGUUCAGUAUUUUACAACCUAAUGUUAGAUAUUUGCUUACCCUGAAAGUAGUCUAUGGGCCAGGAGAAACUGUAAUCCAUGGUUCGGUUUUCUUUAAACAGCGACUUCAAACGCCAGCUAGCUAACUUCCCUUCUAAUUAACUUUUGGUGCCACUUUCACUCUGUGUCUGUCUCUUUGUAGGUGAUAGAGUUUGGUGAGUUGGACAAGCCUAAAGUCAAGUUCCUGCGUCAGGUAUUGACUAAGCUGUUAAAAGACACAGAGCCUGAGGAUCUUGCAAACAUAUUUGGAAGGUGAGUGACGUAAUGCAUCACAUUCCAGUCCAAACUGAGUUUAGACUGACUUUCUCAGUUCCGUUAAUGACAUUUUGCAUAAGGGCCAGUGUAUAUCAAUGAUAAACACGUGUUUUUAUCACGUAGAAAUGUUCUGAGUCAUUCUAUAAUUUGUUUAGGGGCCAGAUUCUUCUUCUCGCCCAGUCAUGAAAACCUCUCCUUCUCGUACUUUGGCUAUCCUGUAAAACCGCACCGCUGACAUUUGACUAUGUGAAAAGUCUGGUAUCAAUGUCUGUCAUUGUGUUCUGUCUCGUCAGGAUUUCGGGAAUUCCCAAGCUAGGAAUGCUGCGGGAGGGCUUGAAGCUGUUCAUCAGUCACUUCCUACUGAAGAAUGCCCAGUCGCAGGGACCAGCUGAGCAAGCAGGCCUUCUGUCAGAGCGAGCCGAGGUUGCCAACAAGGCCAUGGAGGCCAAAGAGACUAAACUCAAACUGUAAAACACACAAACACACACUCUGGGACCCUGGGAGAAAACCAGGAGAACAAAAGAGCCCUGUCGGGGAAACAUGCUCGUUUUUUACAAACAACAAACCCAUCAAUUUAUUUCAAGACUGAGGCUAAGCUUUUUUUGUUUUAAAGAGAUUUUUAUGUCUCUGUGUGCAGAAUGAAGGAGGUAAUGUGGUAUGCUAGCGUACCUGUAUACUUCCAGUCAUUGUGCUAACGCU